GCUGAGAGCUGGGCUUGGGUGGUGUUUUUUAAGUGUUCCCUCUGCUGGUAGUCAUCGCAAGUUUAAAGUAAUGUUACUGGAGUUAGAUCAUCAGCUAAUGGUUGUUUACUUGCCAGGACCUGUGUCGAAACCUGGAGAUGCUCUGCCAAAAUGCCUGACUCCCUUAAGCAAGGUCUUGAGUACCUACUUAGAAAAGUUGUGAAAAUGGGCAGAAUUUUCCUGGAUCACAUUGGUGGCACUCGCCUGUUCUCCUGUGCAAACUGCGACACGAUUCUGACCAAUCGAUCCGAGCUCAUCUCUACUCGUUUUACAGGGGCCACAGGAAGAGCCUUCCUUUUUAACAAGGUGGUAAAUCUGCAGUACAGUGAAGUUCAGGAUCGGGUCAUGCUCACUGGCCGCCACAUGGUUCGAGAUGUGAGCUGCAAGAACUGCAACAGCAAACUGGGCUGGAUCUAUGAGUUUGCCACGGAAGACAGCCAGCGCUACAAGGAGGGCCGCGUUAUCCUGGAAAGAGCUUUGGUCCGAGAGAGCGAAGGCUUCGAGGAGCAUGUUCCGUCCGACAAUUCCUGAAGGGACUCGAGUCUCUUGGCAGGUUUUCUUCAUUUGAAACUCAAAAAUAAUAAAAAUCAACAAAAAAUUCUACUUACAUACACUGUCACCUUAGCAUCAGAGUCGGAUUCAUGGACUACAGAGGGGGAAAGAUUGUGAGAGAAUAUCAGAUGGAACCUUCCUUUCUUUAUUCCUUUUGUAUUUUAAUUUUCUUCCAGCAGCUGUUUGUAGAAAGAAUGUUGUGCAGAUGCUGUAACUUUCUGUCUUGCAUUUGCAUCUGUUAGAUCUGAGAUUGUAUCUGCAGAUACGAUGGGCUAAAAGGAAAAUAUUGGGGAGGUUUCUUUUGUUAGAAAUCAAUGGUGUUUUUUUUAGUUUGCACAAACUGAUGUCAGUAUAAAGUUAUUUUAAAACUACAGAUGGUUUUUUAAAAGUACCUUCCAAUUUUUGGCUUAAUUUUUUUUCUUUUACCCAAUCUUUUCACCUGAUUUGAUAGCUUAAGUGAAGAGAUCCGAAUUUGUGCCGAGUGCUAAAGGUUCAGUGUUGGUACAGCUUGGGCUGGCCCUUGUGCCAUAUUCUUGUUGAGGUUGAUUGGUAGCACAGAGCCCAUUACUUCUUGUCGUUCUUGACCCAAAGAUGUCACCAUUCCUCAUUUAUUUGUGAAGUCCCAUUCACCAUGUAAACUGGUGUUGAUUGGAAACUAUUUUUGAAAUAGGGCAAAACUGCUUGGCUGUUUUUUCUUUUAACUGAUGUAACUUAUAAGCAUAGUAAUAAUAUAAAAUAAUAGUUGUCUGUUUAGUCUUGGGUUGUUUACGAAUCAGAAGCUGUGUUUGUAAUAAUAGGGAUCCACCGAGAAACUACUGUUUUAGUAGUAUUUUUUUUCUUUUUUCAUCUCUACUAAUCUCAUUAAGUAGACAAGGCAAAUGCAAAUCUUAAUUCUUCUUCAAGGAGCUUUCUUUAAACCCAGAACUUCCUAUGCUAAACACAGCUGCUGUGUAAAAGGAGAAGAUUGCCAGCAUGUUUGCUCAUGCAUCCAGUAUGCAAUCUGCAUCUCUUGAAAAGAUUAACUUAAACAGCUUGUUUUCAAAUGCUGCUUCUGGUGUUGAAACUUAUCUCGUUCAACCUUGUUGAACCUUUUCAUUGUGAUAUUACAAUUUUAUCUUUCUGGGCAGCAGCACAUGUAAGCCUAGUUGUAACCAGUGACUUGGAUUCCUGCUUCCUUCKUGUAGAGGUCAGCUCUGUUUAAAAUAGUGAUCUUGCUUGCCUUUUAGCAGAAAUGUUCUUCAUUAACUUAACUCAAGGGUGCCCAAACACUUAUUUCAUUGUGUCUUAAGCCAUAAGUUAAGAUCUCAAGGGCUUCAAUUAUUUUGAAUGUUAGCUAUGUAUGAGUCUGUAUUAAAGAUAUGCAUUUUUUUUCUUCUUUAGAUAAAUUAUGGUUAACAUAAAACAAGUUACUGAGAGACACAUAAGAGAGAAACAAAAUGAUCUGGGCUCUGACCUUUCAGAAUGACUUUUCUUCAUUAGCCACAGCUCCAUAAUGAAAACUUAGAAUGUGGAGGGUGACUGUGCAGAGGUGUUUCUUUGUUUAUUUCUUAAUUAUUUUUGKUCGCCUAGUAGCGAUUUGGACACCCCUGACUUGAAUCUAAUGCCUAUUUAAUGUAAAAGUAGCUUUACUAUAGAUUUGCCACAUAGAAAGGAAACAAAGUAGAUCACAUACCAGAGCUGUGCUUGAAUCAAGCUGCUUAAACAAUAGUGUUCUUGUGCCUCAAAUGAAUCAGUUCUUGCACUGGGUACGGUAGAACCCCAUUUUCUUGUACUU